ACUUCCUUUUAUAGCAAAAAAGUUAAGCCAUGGAAGAAAUUAUACCCUCAUCUUCUCCACCCCAACUUUGUCAAGAAAACUCAGUCUCAUUCCAACAACGUCUCCAGUUCAUAGUUCUGAACAGGCCUGAAUGGUGGGUGUAUUCGAUUUUCUGGCAAGCCUCCAAAGACAGCAAUGACCAGGUUGCCUUGUCAUGGGCUGGCGGCCAUUUCAAAAGCCCUAGGGACUUGGCAUCCAAAAGAAGCAACAAAAUGGUCAAUAAUAAACAUUUUUUUGAGAGGAAGAAGGUGAUUAACAACAGAGAAGCUGAAUCUCUUUUGAAUGAAGAAAUGGACUUGGACAUGAGGCUGGUUGAUCAUGGAGUCGGAGAUGUUACUGAUUCUGAGUGGUUUUACUUUUACAGCAUUUCUUUAACCCAGUCAUUUGUUGCAGGCCAUGCGACAAAUAAUAUUCUGGGCCGUUCGUUUUGCUCUGGUGGUUUUGUUUGGCUUGCAGGUGACCAUGAGCUUCAGUUUUAUGAGUGUGAGAGAGUGAAAAAGGCCAGAAUGCAUGGAAUUCAAUCUCUGGUUUGUAUUGCAACUCCUUGUGGGGUUCUUGAGCUGGCUUCUCCGGAUGUGAUCAAAGAAGAUUUGGGUCUUGUGCAUCUUUCAAAAUCACUAUUUCUAGCAGACAACAACGUUUCAAAGCCGGACAGCCGUGACGGCUAUGCACUUGUUCCUCUCCUGGAAAGUGGGAUGUUUUCGGGAGGUCAAGAAGAUUUGACCAAACAAGGUGAUACAAAAGAAGCUGCACCUAUCAAUAUAGGCGGGUCUUCAUCAAACUCUGUCGACAAUUUCACUUCUGAUAACACAGAGAGUACCCGAUUGAAAAAGAGAGGAGGAUCAUCAUCAAACCAUGCACCACGAUUACUAAACCGUGUCGAGGCGGAGAGACAGAGGCGGGAGAAGCUUAACCAUCGAUUUUAUGUCCUCCGCUCUGUCGUUCCGAAUGUGUCGCAGAUGGACAGAUCUUCUUUGCUUGCUGAUGCUGUGGCAUACAUCAAUCAGCUCAAAGCAAAGAUUGAAGAAUUGGAGGCCAAAAUCCAAUCACAACCCCAAAAUCCCAAAAGGGGAAAUGGGACCAAUGCUGAUCAUCAUCACUAUAGCCAAAGGGCAAGCUCCAUUGUUGAUUUUCAUCAUUCAAACAAUAACAAUACUAAUAGAGCAGCUGCUGCUCUGGAAGUGGAUGUGAAGAUUUUAGGCUCAGAAGCCGUGAUACGAGUUCAGUGUCCAGAUCAAGACUACCCGUAUGCUAAAUUGAUGAAUGCACUCAAAUCCCUUCGGCUACAAGUUUAUCAUGCAAGCAUUUCAAAUGUGAAAGACUUGAUUAUUCAAAAAGUUGUGGUAAGAGUGCCUUAUGGGUUCACUAGUGAUGAGGCCAUGAGAAUGGGUAUUAUAAAAAGAUGGUACAAUUAGUUUCCCUAUAAGGUAAU